GGGUCUUAACCCUGCCUGCUUUUAUUGCUCGCUUUUGCACCGGGACGACGAUGCCGACCAACGCUGCAGCUAGCAGCCUCGUCGAUGGAUCAACAAGCUUUAAUUUGUGUGCAAUGCACCUACGUCGUACAUUAAUUGUGUUCUUCUAUAAAACUAACCCAUGCAUCGAUCAUCAGCAAGCAUCGUCAUCAGCAAUUCAGCAUAGCGAAGGUCCGACGACACGACGACGACGAUAUAGCAAAUAUCGAUGACGACGACGACGUCCGCUCGACUCCGGCCGCUCGCCGUCGGCGUCGCUCUCUUUGUCUUCCUACCGUGGCUGAGCUACGUGCUCGAGGCUGCCGAGGAGGGCCGGGCGGCGGCGCCGUGGUUCUGGCCACCACAGAUCGGCGGCGACGACCCCUACUACUACUGCCUCAGCUGGCGCCUGAUGGUGGAGGCGGGCAACGCCAAGGGGUGGCGCGCGGUGCCGGCGCAGUGCGUGGGCUACGUGCGCGUGUACAUGGCCUGGGGCCAGUACCACCGCGACGUGGGCGCCGUCGCGGAGCUGGCGGCCGCCGGUGCGGACGGGCUGAUCGACGCCUGGGUGCUGGACGUCGACGACACCUGCCUGUCCAACCAGCCCUACUACCAGGUGAAGCAGUUCGGGGCGUAUGAUCCGGUGGCUUUCAGGGCGUGGGCGAGCUGGGCGACCUGCCCGGGGAUACCUGCGAUGCAAUGGCUGUUCCAGACGCUGAGAGGCAGAGGGUUCAGGGUGUUCCUCGUGACUGGGAGGGACGAGGAGACCCUGGGCUCAAGCACGGCCGCCAAUCUCGCCGCCGCCGGCUUCUCCGGGUACGACCGCCUCAUCAUGAGAAGCGCGGCGUACCGUGGGCAGAGCGCGGUGGCGUUCAAGUCGGCGGUGCGGAGGAAGCUGGCGGAGGAGGAGGGGUACCGGAUCCGGGGCAACGUGGGCGACCAGUGGAGCGACCUGCAGGGCGAAUGCGCCGGGGACCGCGUCUUCAAGGUGCCCAACCCCAUGUACCUGGUCCCAUGAUCGAUCAUCUCCUUUCUUCUUACUCCCUCCGUUUCUUUUAGUUGUCUCUGGAUAGUUUAAUUUUGUACUAUCCAGCGACAACUAAAACGAAACGGAUGGAGCAGGUAUCACCAGCUCCACCGUACCCGUGGUGGCCGGCGCCAUGCAUGUACUGUAUUUCUACUACUACUAGUGGGCUGAGCAAACUUCUCAAUCUUCGAGCAAGCCUGGAAAGGAAGCUGCAGUUCGCUGCCCUUAAUAAAAAUAUUAGGGAAGUCAUGUAGAUGGACCUCCAAGGGAUCCAACAUUCCCUUCCUUGUCACAAUAAUUUGCUUUGGCUGCUCUUCUCUGCAAGAAGAGAUCAAACUAAUGCAACAACCUCCUCAGCUGU